AUGCAAGCUCUAAAUAAGAACACAACAAACUUUUCAAACUAUUCUAAGAUAUCUGAGUCAUUGAAAGGGGGUGACUUAAAACUGACAAUAAACCCAAUGACAGAUGAGUUUCUAUUUCAAGACAAUAAGAACAAUACUGUCUGUAUAAAUCCAACAAAAGGAACUUUAAACGAGAAACCUAUAAAUGAACUUCUUUUGAAAGCAGAUGUUGACAACAAAGCUGACAAAGAAUAUGUAGACGAUGCAAUAGCAAAAGAAGAAGAAAGAGCUAACAAUGCUUAUGCAACAAAAGAACAUACUCAUCCUGAACUAGCAGACAAAACAUAUGUUGACAAUAAAAUGUCAAGUGAAGUGACAAGAGCUGAAAACGAAUAUUCUAAAAAGACUCAUAUACAUUAUAUUAACCAAAUACCAAGUCUUAGUGAAACUUUAAAUAGUAAAGCAAACUAUGGUCAUACACAUGCCAUUGCAAAUAUUACAAACUUACAAGAAACCUUAAACAGGAAAAGUGACGUUGGACAUACACAUACAUCUUCUGAAAUAACAGACUUAAACGUUAGCCUUGAAAAUAAAGCAGAUAAGAAACAUAAGCAUUAUAUAAUAGAAUUUGUUGAGCGUAUAAACCUUGAAACAAACUAUGAAGAAUAUCUUGAACGAACAGAACAAGAAAGAGAUGUAGAUGGAAAUAUUUAUACGCUUUUUACAAGAAAAAAACCAACACUAGACUAUAAUGAGUAUGUUCUUUUGUUGCAUAAGCAUUGUUAG